CUUCAGUGUAUCCCUACUACGAUUUUUUACCGAUCACUUUAUAUCUUAUUACUCCAGAUCAAUUAUGCCGUUGGCUGAUCAACUGAGCCAAAAGUUCCAAAGCUUUGGGCUGAACAAGAUGACUUCAAACCAACCGCCGCAAUAUUACCAAGGGUCCUACAAUCAACAGCCACCCAACCAAUAUCAGCAACAGCCGCCCAGCCAAGCUCCAGCCCCGUAUUACCAACCUGCGCCAGUGCAGCAAUACCCUCAGUACAAUUCUUCUCCAAGCAACACUCAGUAUGCACCCCCAGCUGGGCCACCCCCAGCUGGGCCACCACCUGGUAGCCAGCCGACACUGGCCACCCCAACUGUACCUGAGGCACCAUACCAGUCAGCCUACGUGCCAGGGAAGCCAAUGUUGCCGCCAGGUUGGGCCACUCUCCAUGACGCUGAACAGGGCCGUUGGUAUUAUGUGGAGCAAACAACAAACAGGACACAGUGGGAAGUUCCAACACUUCAGUCCCCUGCACCGCCCCCUCCUCCCCCAGGGCCUCCUGCCCAGAUGCCACCAGUCCCAGACACGCGCCCUCCAGAAGGCGCCCGAGAUGGCGGCUACUCUGCCUAUGCUCCUGCUCCCCCUCCCCCCACUGGCUAUGCUGGGGAACAAAAUAUGCCAAGUGAGAAGAAGUCGAGCGGAGUAGGUGGAAUGGCUCUUGGCGCUGCUGGUGGCCUUGCUGCUGGCGCUGUGGGAGGAAUGCUUCUCCAUAAAGCCAUGCACCGCCAUGAUCAUGAUGGGUACUAUCAGAGUGAUGGUGACGGCGAUGACUGAGGCAUGGUGUCUCAUUUACAUCGACUGUAUAAGGAAGAA